CGACCCUAGCAUCUGAUCGUGGGGGCAUUUACCGCUUCCAACUCACUACGUUUCAGCAUGCUACCUUAUUCUCACCGAGGCUUGGCACCCCGUAUGCUUUGGACUGUACUAUGUACGUACUACAUAGCCAUCUGUUUGAAAAUUGAUGCAACGCAAGAAAUAUAGACUGCAGAUCCUACUCCUACCUUCCACAUAGCGUGUACUUGUGUCUUGGCUGUGUGCUAGUGGCCAUUACUUAAAUAGCAGAUCUGCAUGCAUGAUUUUUAUUUUCUUACAUAUAUAUACGUGUGUGUGUUUAGGGAGUGUUGUACAGCGAUCUGAUCUGCUGUCGGCGCGAUCUACAUUCCGCGUAAACAAGAUCAAUCACUAAUUGAUCACUAAUUGAUUGAAGGGGUGACAACAACCUCGCUUCCACAACACCCUCAAAACCUAGAUCUUGAUCUUGAUCUUGUCAAUUGAGAUACAUGACAAUGGUCAUCCUCUCCACCCUCCUCACAAUGGUUGUCGCCGCCGCCGCCGCGCCGUCCACCCUCUUCGUCUCACACUACGACGGACACAUCUACACCCUCACCCUCUCCUCCAACAACAGCCUCACGCAAACCGGCGCGCUGACAGCCUGCGGGUCAAUGCCGAGCUGGUUGACAUACUCCAGCGCGACAAACACACUCUACUGCGUCGACGAGUCCGGCACCACGGGCUCAUCCAACGGGACGCUCUCAGCGUUCACCCCCGAAAAUGACGGCUUAAAACAGCUCGUCAAGACGAAUACCCUGCCUGGCGGCGUGGCCAGCGUCGUGUAUACCGCUGACGCAGGCGAUUUCCUCGCUAUAGCGCAUUACGAAGGCUCAGCGGUAUCCGUCUUCCCCCUCCCCCUCACUUCCACAUCCACCGCCUCGCAAUCCUUCGAAUACACCCUCACCAACCCGCCCACCGACCCCUCGCGCCAGGACGCGCCGCAUCCGCACGAAGUCUUCCUGGACCCGACAGGCGCCUUUAUCCUCGCGCCAGACCUCGGCAUGGACGUAAUCCACAUCUACGCAAUCGACAAGGCCAGCGGCAGGUUGACAGAGUGCGACCAGUUCGCAGUGAAGGGCGGGAAUGGGCCGCGACAUGGAGCGUGGUGGACGUCAAACUCGACUAUAAGUGGACGUGGACGUGGACGUGGACAUGGAAGUGGAAGUGGAAGUAAAGGGGACACGGUGCUGUAUAUCGCCAACGAGCUCGCAAACACAGUCAGCAUAUACACGGCGACGUACAGCGAUACAUGCCUCGCGCUCGCCGACGCAGGCGAAGUCACCCCUUAUCCAGGGCCUGUCCCGAGCAGUGGGAAUAUCGCCGAGGUGCGGGUUGUGCAGGGCCGGGAUGUGUAUGUGAGCGUGCGCAAUGACCAGGCGUUUGCGCCGGCCGAUUCCAUGGCGUUUCUGCAGAUCCCUAAUGGGGAGGAUGGCACGGGGGUGCAGUAUGUGAAUUUGACGUCGUCGUAUGGGAAGACGCCGAGGACGUUUGUGGUGAGUAAGGAUGGGGGGCUGGUGGCUAUUGGGGACCAGGCGUCGGCGGAGGUGGCGGUUGUCAGGCGUGAUGCCGCGACCGGCGAGCUGGGCGAGUUGAUUGCAAAGGUAAGGGUUGGGCAGCAGGGGACGCCGGGCCAGUCGGAUGGCUUGUCGAGUGUCGUGUGGGCGGAGUGAUCUAUUAUCAUGAUUUAAUUACAUGUAUAUAUACAUAGAUCCUCUAGUCAAGGCCAAGGCCAAGGUGCGGCAAGAAACGGCGACCACCAAAUAAACUGGGUGUCGGCAAAACUUGCCCAAUUAGCAUUUUCCGUCCAUGCUGAAUGGUGUAUAGAAAGGAUGUAGUCGACGUAUAUUUAUUUUGAGAUCUCAUAUCAUAUAUGAAGUAUUUAGAUAA